AUGGUUGUCUCCGGCUACCAAGAAAAAGAGGGCGAGUCCCUCACGCCCUUCUACAACCUGAUCACCACCAAAACCACGCAACUCAAACAAAGCGUCCACCCCUGGAGCCCAGCCCCCAACGGCCAACUCACCUCCCGCCCGCACAACGCCUCCCGCAUCCUCAACGCCGCCGCCGCCCUCCGCCUCAUCUCCGCCAAAACCACCAUCCCCGUGCCCCGUCUCCUCGGCUCCGGCACCAACCCCGACGGCAACGCCUGGCUCGAGACGGAGCGCGCCCCCCACGGCGUGUGGCUGGACGUGGUGCGCGACCGCUGCCGCAUGCCGCCCGGCAAGCGGCACGUGGCGGCGGACGACAGCGGCGAGUGCGACGAGUGCGACCGCAUCGCGCGCGCCAACGCCCGUCGCUUCGUGGCCGACGAGGUGCUUCCGCAGCUGAAUGCGUUGACGUCGGAUGUGACGGGGUUGGGGGGCAGGGUGAUUCCGCCGUUGUGGGUGGCUUUUCAUGAAGGGGAUCCGGGGUGGGUGCCGAAGAAGAUGGAGGGGGGGGAGGAGGGGGAGGGAUUGUGGAUUGGGAGGAGGCGGGAUACUUCCCCAAGGAGUUUCAGGUCUGGUCUGUGA